AUGAGGUUUAUUAAGGCAUCCCUUAGUCGACCACAUGUUCAAAGGCCCGGGAGCAUACGUGUGGAAACCACGCUAAUGUCAGCCCCUCCACGCUCCUCCACGCUCUCCCCAUGCCCCCAUGCUCCACACCCCCACGCCCCAUGCUCCACACUCCCCACGCCCCUCCAUGCCCACACUCCCCCACGCCCCUCCAUGCUCCACACUCCCCACGCCCCUCCAUGCUCCACACUCCCCACGCCCCUCCAUGCUCUACACUCUCCCACGCCCCUCCAUGCCCACACUCCCCACCUCCCAUGCUCCACACCCCCCACGCCCUCUAUGCUCCACACCCCCCACGCCCCUCCAUGCUCCACACUCCCCCACGCCCCUCCAUGCCCACACUCCCCCACGCCCUCCAUGCCCACACUCCCCACGCCAUGCUCCACACUCCCCAUGCCCAUGCUCCACACUCCCCCGCCCCUCCAUGCUCCACACCCCCCACGCCCCUCCAUGCUCCAACCCCCACGCCCUCCAUGCUCCACACCCCCACGCCUCCAUGUCCACACCCCCACGCCCCUCCAUGCUCCACACUCCCUCCACGCCCCUCCAUGCUCCACACUCCCACGCCCCUCCAUGCUCCACACCCCCACGCCCUCCAUGCCCACAUCCCCUCCAUGCUACACACCCCCACGCCCCUCCAUGCUCCACACCUCCACGCCCCUCCAUGCUCCACAUACGCCCCUAUAUAUCCUUCCUCCAUCUUUUCCUCAAUAUGCUCCUAUGCUCUUUUACUCCCAAUACUUUUAA